AUGAUUGCUUUAUUUCAUGAACAUUAUAAAGUGCGUUAUGCUCCUCGCGGUUUGGCCUCUUGGAUUUUCUACAUUUUUUCUCUUCUUUUAGUACUGGCGGGCCCUGUUCUGAUUGGUCUCGCGAUGGGAAACUUUUGGCUUCAAACCAAUACACUGGUAGCCACUCCAGAUAUACACUUUACCGAUAGAUGUGUAGUUCAUUACACCACUGUGCGAGGACAGGAUAAAUUGUGGACCUGUUCUCAUUUAUUUAAUGAAGAAUAUAUUUACACACAAAGUGAAAUGGCAGUAGAACCGUUUUUCUCUAUUUAUGAAGAUGAUCGUGAUGAUAAUGGUCAUGUGGAUAGAGUAACCUUUGUAUUACAAUUACCAUUAAAUGAUUUUAAUGGAAGUCUACAGGAAGGAAUGCCAGUACCUACAGAGAAGGACGCGAUUAAACGUGUAGAGUUUCUUCCAGAAUUCACAUAUGAAAUUAAAAAUUAUAUUUUAAAAGUACGAAUGACAGCUGCUCCUCUUCUUAUCUUUGAGGCUGCAGAAGACUGUUGUUCUUCUUCUUCUUCAACAACAACAAAAAGUACAGUUGAAGGACCUCUCUGUGCUCGUACAGAGGGUGAUUUAUUAUUCCACAGUACAGAGCCUCUCAGUAGGUUACCAAAUGUACACUACACAAAUACAUAUAUGAAUAGUCCUCUUGAGAAUGUGAGUGAUGUGGAGGAAUUACAAAAUGUACCCUAUUUUGCUAGUCAAUACACUUCACGAAAUCAAACCGUUUUAUUUAAACCCUACUCUGUAGCUACUGGAGGACUUUCUAUUCUACAAGAUGUUAAUUAUAACCGUGUACUUGGUGAAGAUCUAGGCGCACUUGGGGAUUUCACUUGGCGUAUUACUAUGCGUAUUCAACGUGCAGAGAUAUUAUAUACACCAUCUAUUCAAGAGGCACUCAAGUGGGCAUGGGUACAAUAUUAUUGUAUAGCUGUUAUUUUACAAUUUCUCUUAUGGUGGCUACGUGGUAUUCUUGUAAAGGCUGGAUUGUUGGGUUCUGUAGCUAUCUUUCAUCGUGGUUGGAUGUCCACUAAGGGUAAUUGA